AUGGGUGUGAAGAGCUCUUUAGUGUCGGAGAGCAAGCUUAUGGAUGCAGCACAGAGGGAUGUAACUACUCAAGGUUGUUACACGCAGAAUGUUCUGCGGUUGCGAGAGAGAUACGCCAUCCAUCGCACCACCCUCAACACAUACUCAUCCAACGCCACGAACCGGCAUUCACGGGGUGUGAUAUCUGUGGAAGGACUAUUUGGAGCAUUGGUUACAAAUGCUCCAGCAUGUUCUUUCCAGAUGCACCUGAGAUGCGCACAAGGUGGUGGCAUGGUCGAUGCAACGGGCGAUGAUGAUGAUAAGAAAAGGCGCAGCAUCAUACGUCAUCCAAGUCAUCCUGACCAUGAGCUGAAGUUGUGGAGAAGAAGUUGUUCCUUCAAGUGCGAUGCUUGUAGCACCAGACGCGAAGGGAGUUCAUACACAUGCACCAAUGAUGCUUGUGAAUAUUGGAUCCAUGAGAAAUGUGCUUCCUUGCCUCAAAGCUUCAAAAGGGAAGAUCAUCAUCACUUUCUCUCUUUAUCCUUUCAUGUCCCUUAUGAAUAUCUCAAUUUCAACUACAAAUGUGAUGUGUGCAACACAUAUUUGCUACCCAACUAUUGGAUAUAUCAUUGUCAAAUCUGCAGAUUUAUUGUCCACAUCAAGUGCGUUUUCAACAAGCAGCCCCGCAUCACUGAAAACAUUGGGAAAGAUAUGAUUCAUCUUCCAACAAAUGAAGUGGCCGAGGAACUAAUCACACCUUUUGUGAUGAGACAAAGAGGAGGAGAAACAUUGAUACCACCCAUCAUCAUCCCUGCUGCUGUUGAUGAGUUGAGGAAGGUGAAAUAUGAGUUCCUUCACCACCAACAUCAACUCACUUUAGUCUCAUCUGGUGAUCGAAGCCAAGAAGAAGAAGAAGAAGACGAGGAGAAUUAUGGAGUGAGAUCAGAAUUGAUAUGUGAUGCUUGCAUCACUCCUAUAUCAUCAUCAUCCACAACUAGUAGUAGUAAUAGUAAUAGUAAAUGUUACUACUACUAUAUGAGUUGCAGUGAAUGCAAAUACAAUCUUCACUUGGCUUGCUUUCACUUGCCACCUCAACUCUCCUCUUUCCACUCCACCACCACGAUUAUCAUCACUCGCUGGACCUCCGAUCUUGCAACAAACUUCGACCUUGGGAGAGUAAAGAAUGCAGUGUGUAUGCGUUGUGCUGCCGGCAUCAGUCACCAGCCAUAGAUGGGACGAGCACCACCCGCUGCUGUUGACGUACGACGCCACUCUCAAUCGUCCUGGAGAUUUCUACUGCUAUCAAUGCGAAACACAAAUGAAUCCCAGGAGAUGGAUGUAUCACUGCCGCAGUUGCGAUCUAUCCUUCCACCCGCGAUGCUUUAAAACUACAUCCGGCUGGUAUCGAAACAUCAAAUUGGGGCAGGAAUAUGAUGUGAAUGCAGAAACCCAUCCACACCCUCUCACCUUUCAACUUCUCACCACAAAACGUCGCUGCGACAUUUGUCGUUACAGUAGGCAUGAAAAGGAAGGAUUUUACUGUGCAUUAUGCAACUUCUUCAUUUGUCUCUACGGCUGCGGUAUAGAAAUGAUCAAUAAUGGUGACAUAAAGGCCGUCGUAUGAAUGAUGAUAGAGAUGCUAUCUUCCUCUUUCCACAUGUAUUUUUAUGUUUAUGCUCUUUUUAUUUAAUUAAGAAUUAGUGUUGAGUUGAGUUAGUAGAUCUUAGAUCUCACUUUUAUGUACUCUAAAAAAAAGGAUUAGACUUUAAAUUGCA